AGAGGUAGGGAGAGGAUUUUUAUCAAGUCCUGGCCUUUAUAUAGGUGCUGGGUUGCAGGCGCUUAUUGCAUUAUUAAAAAUUAUAUAAGAUUCGUGAGUAAAUGUAGGUGAAUAAAAAGCUAGCUGCACACAGACCACGUGGGAGCACGGCACGAACCGAGGGAAGCAAAAGAGCCCAGUUCUGUGCAGCUGAGGUUGAAGGCGACCCAAAUGCAAUCGCAGGGGACUGGCCGCCUUGCUCUCCGGCAGCCCUUCCAACCUGAACCACCUUCAGGAGGGUCUGAGCCCGUCCCGCUGCCCCGUCUCGUUCAAAUGCCACCUCCAACAUGCAGCCUACCCUGCUUGCUCCAGCUGGAAGAAGAAGGGGGAUGAGCAGAAGAAAGGAAUACUCAUUUGUUUAAUGUUUACUCUGUGCCAGGAAGGGGCCAGCAUGACCCUGCAAUGCACCAAGUCAGCGGGACACUGGAAGAUGGUGGUGUGGGACGAGGAGGGCUUCCAGGGCCGGCGGCACGAGUUCACAGCCGAGUGCCCCAGCGUGCUGGAGCUCAGCUUUGAGACUGUGCGAUCUUUGAAAGUGCUGAGUGGAGCGUGGGUGGGCUUUGAGCACGCCGGCUUCCAAGGUCAGCAGUAUGUGCUGGAGAGGGGUGAGUACCCCAGCUGGGACGCCUGGAGCGGCAACACGGCUUACCCCUCCGAGAGGCUCACCUCCUUCCGGCCCGUGGCCUGCGCUAAUCACCGCGACUCCAGGCUGACCAUCUUCGAGCAAGAGAACUUCCUGGGCAAGAAAGGAGAGCUGAGUGACGACUAUCCCUCCCUCCAGGCCAUGGGCUGGGACGGCAAUGAAGUGGGCUCCUUCCACGUCCACUCUGGGGCCUGGGUUUGCUCCCAGUUUCCCGGCUACCGAGGUUUUCAGUAUGUGCUGGAGUGUGAUCACCACUCGGGUGACUACAAGCACUUCCGGGAGUGGGGCUCUCACGCCCAGACCUUCCAGGUGCAGAGCAUCCGCCGGAUCCAGCAGUGAGCGGGCCGGGCACGGAGGAGCGCAUGCGUGCUUGCCCGCGGGGGCGGAGCUCUGGAGGCUGUGACGCGCUCCCUCCCGCUGCCUGUCACUGUAACCCGUGUGAACCCAGCACCCAUGUGGGCCAGUCCCUGCACAGUCGGCACAAAAAUCUCAAAGUAAUAAAAAAAGAAGGUC